AAGUGAGAGCUUUUUCAUGGUGAAAGGAGCAGCCCUCUUCUUGCAACAGGGAAGCAGCCCUCAAGGCCAGCGAAGCCUGCAGCAUCCCCACAAGCACGCGGGUGACUUACCCCAACAUCUGCAAGUGAUGAUCAACCUUCUGCGUUGCGAAGAUAGAAUCAAGCUGGUAAGAAGAGACGAGAGUGGCCGUGCGCCUGGAGAGCGCCUGGGCGGAGCGGGUCCGGUAUAUGGUGGUGGUGGACAGCAGCGGGCGCCAGGACACGGAGGAGAGCAUCUUGCUGGGCGUCGACUUUUCCAGCAAGGAGAGGUGAGUCUGAUGGGACAAGAGUUGCUGCUGGAAAAAGAGUCCUGUGGCCCUGUAUCCUUGGGGGUUGACGGUGGGAUGCACGAUGGUGGGUGGCGGGGUGACCAGGAACAGCAGGGCACGGCAUUUCCGCUCUUGUGUGCGGCGCUCUGCCAGCUCCGGUCUCUGCUCUGAGCUCAGGGUCUCCUGAGAGGAAAGAAAGUGACACUGUGCUUGGAGGUCUAACACUGGGUGCCCUCGGGGUGCUGGAGACGAGGGCACUUAGCCAGGGGGGCUUCCUGGAGGAGGUGACGGCGGCGGUGAACACCCAGUCAGUGCAGGAGCC